AGUUUAUAUAAUGGGUUCUUCUCCUCAAUUGCAUUUCUGAGAGCUCAUUUCCACCUAUUUUCUUUUCUCCCUCCAUUGCCAUAGAUUUCAUUGGCCCAGUCAUCGACAUUGUUUCUAGUUUGUGGGUUCCAUCGUCCUGGCAUAAGAUCCGUCGUCAAACUCCAUCUCCUCAUCGUGCAGGCUAUCAGGCUCCCUGCGUCAAGCAAAGGACUUCGGUUGAAUCCAAGCCAUCCAUUGUACGCAUGGAAUUCAUCAACCCCGUCACCGACAUUUUUGCUCGCUUGUGGGAUUCCACAACCUUGCCAUUGCGAUACGCCAUCAAUCUCCGAGAAAAUGUUGACUCCCUGAAGAAGGCCAUGGACGAAUUGAAAUGGGUGAGGAAUGACGUGAAGAGAAAGGUGGAUGUCGCCGAAAGGCAGCUACUCAAACGAAAGGACCAUGUGCAAUGGUGGCUAGAAAGAGUAGAAAGCACUGAAAGAGAAGUGAAUGCGAUGGAAGAAUCUUUUCAGCAAACAGCGAGGUGUUUUGGUAAUUGCCGUCCCAAUUGUUGGUCGAGCUACAAGCUUGGCAAGAGGGUGGCGAUGAAGCUGACAGAUGUGGUUGAGUUGACAAGCAAAGGAGUUUCCUUUGACGUAGUGGCAGAGAAGAUGCUUCCUGAUGCGAUUGAAGAGAAGCCUAGCACAUCAGCUCUGGGCAUGGACUUGAUGUUGGAGAAGACUUUUGAUUGGCUUAGAGAAGGCAAUGUUAUUGGUAUAUAUGGAAUGGGGGGAGUCGGUAAGACGACUCUCUUGAAAAAGAUCAACAACGAAUUCCUUGUAAGAAGCCAUGAAUUUGAUGUUGUGAUUUGGGUGGUGGUGUCUAAAGAAUUAAAUGUGGGAAAUAUUCAGAGGGAUAUUGGCAAGCGGUUGGGCUUGUCUUGGCCAGAGAAUGAAGGUAAUGACAUGACGCGGGCUCAAGAUAUUCACAACGUCCUGAAACAGAUGAAAUUCAUGCUGUUGUUCGAUGAUAUAUGGGACUGGCUGGAUCUAGAGAUGAUCGGAAUUCCUCGUCCAGAAAGCUGGAACAGGAGCAAGGUCGUCUUCACCACACGAUUUGAGUAUGUCUGUGGCCUCAUGGCUGUCGACAAGAAGGUCAAAGUAGAAUGCCUCCAGGAGGAAGAAGCAUGGGACCUAUUUCGACAGAAUGUUGGUGAAGAGGCCAUGAAUUCUCAUCCGGAGAUACCAAUCCUUGCCAAGAGCGUUGCUAAAGAGUGCAAGGGUCUGCCCCUUGCGCUCAUUGCCAUCGGGCGGGCCAUGGCAUGCAAGAAGACACCACAGGAAUGGAAGCACGCGAUAUCAGUUUUGAGCACAAGCAGGCCACCAUCAGAGAUAUCAGGCAUGGAUGAUAAAAUUCUUUUGCGUUUGAAAUUCAGUUACGAUAAUCUCAGUGGUGACACCAUUAAAUCAUGUUUCCUGUACUGUGCACUGUUUCCGGAGGACUAUUCCAUUGGCAAAGAAGAACUUAUAGAUUACUGGAUAAGUGAAGGAUUCUUAGAUGGGUGGGAUAAUGAUCUUGAUCAAGCUCGUAACAAGGGACAUGAUCUCAUUGGAAGAUUAAAGGCUGUGUGUUUGUUGGAGAGUGGUUCUGAUGAAAAAACACAAGUGAAGUUGCACGACGUGAUACGUGAUCUUGCAUUAUGGAUAGCUUCCGAGUGCGGGGAGAAGAACAAGUUUUUGGUGCAAGCGGGUGUUAGACUGAGCGAAGCACCAGAGGUUGAAAAGUGGAAGGAGGCUGAGAGGAUAUCUCUGAUGAAUAAUAACAUAAGUGAACUAAUGGAGACUCCUCAAUGCCCCAACCUCUUAACCUUGAUGCUCCAAUGGAAUCAUUGUGAAAAGAUCCACACUGAUUUUUUUCAGUUGAUGCCUCUUCUUAGGGUCUUGGAUCUGUCAGGUACAUCGAUCAUUCUGUCUGAGCUUCCGGCAGGGAUCGGUAACUUGGCAGAGCUAAGAUAUCUCAAUCUAUCAGCCACAGGUAUAACAUCAUUGCCUGAAGAGAUAGGAAAUCUAGUAAAGAUGAGGCAGUUGGAGUUAGAGAGUACAUUGUGUUUGGAAAGAAUUCCUCAUGGGCUAAUCUCCAGACUUCCUGAGUUAAGAGUCAUUAACCUAUUUGGAAGUUUGUAUUUUAACUGGGAAGAAGGGAGCAGUGGAUUCAAUAUCACUGAGUUGGAAGGCCUGGAACGUUUAAUUCAUCUUGGAAUCACCAUAUCAACUGUGCAUUCUCUUGAAAGGUUACUUGGCUCUAGCAAGAUGCGGAACAUGAUUCAGUAUCUACAACUGACAGGGUGCAAGGGCCGGACUAUCUCCACCCAACUAUCAUCUCGUCUUACAGUAAUGAGGAAUCUUAAAAGACUUUUUAUUGAAGAUUCCAGAACGUUGGAGGAGGCGACGAUUGGUGCAGAUGGGGAGAGCGAUUAUGAUUAUCCUGCUUCGAGCUUAGAAUGGCUCCGAUUUGAUUGUCUCUCAGUCUUAAAUUGCAUUCGUGUGGGCCGCAUAUGCUUCAGAAGCCUGAACCGUAUACAUAUUUCCAAUUGUUCUAAGUUAAAGAAAAUCGUUGGUUUGCUACAUCUUGAAAGUCUCGAAACAAUUGAGAUAAGGAGUUGUGAUGUGCUAGAAGAAGUAAUAAGCAAGGCAGCUGAUGAAGAAGAGGUGGGAGAUAAAGGGCUAAUGCAACUGAAAGCUAUAAAGCUGGAGGACCUUCCAAAACUGAAGAACAUCUGUAGCUAUGCAAUGGAUUUUCCUUCCUUGGAGGCAGUCGAGGUGAUUAACUGCCCAAAGUUGAAGAAGCUCCCUCUUUCUCUUCAUAGCACUCAGAAUUCUCUACCGGAGACACGUGGGGAGAAAGAAUGGUGGGAUGGUUUAGAGUGGGAAGAAAAUGACAUCAAGUCCAGUUUGCUUCCUUCAUUCAAAGAUAUAAAAAAAGAUCGCAUGGCUAAUAGAGAACUCUCAUAUAUGUUGCGGUGAGAGUGUCCAAAAGGAUUUUUUUUUUUUUUUUUCUCUUCCUUUAUCAGUUUUUCUUAGAAUUUUUAGAAUGAGUUAUUCUUGCAUUGAGUUUACUAUAUGUUCAUAUCAGUUUAAUAUCUGGUAAGUGUAUCAAUUCCCACACAAUAUAUGAUUUUUCUUGUGUCGGUCUUU